GAACCAGAAAGAAAAACUAGUGAACCAUUCUCUCUCACACAAUUAUCAAAAAAAAAUAAAAAUUAUUCAAUUCUCACGCUGUAUAUAUAUAUAUGGCUUUGGAGCUCUAUCGGAAAACCAUACUUUCCUUUUCGUUUAUCCAGUAAAAAGAAGCUUCAAUUACGAGAGAGAGAGAGAGAGAGAGAGAGAGAGAGAGAGAGAGAGAGAGCAAAUGGAGGGUCAAGGCGAUGUCGUCGCUGAGCAAAGCAAACACGACCUUCAGUCACUUCUCUUUUCUCCGGAUAGAGAUUUCCUAAUUCGCAACAACGGCGACGAGGUGAAAAUCGACAAUUUGAAGGGUAAAAAGGUCGGGUUGUAUUUUUCAGCAUCAUGGUGUGGCCCAUGUCAACAGUUCACCCCAAAUCUCGUGGAGGUUUACAAUGAACUGUACCCCAAGGGCGACUUUGAGAUUGUAUUUGUCUCAGGAGAUCGAGCUGAUGAGGCAUUCAAGGGUUAUUUCUCCAAGAUGCCUUGGCUUGCCAUCCCAUUUUCUGAUUCAAACACGCGUGAUCGAUUGGAUGAGUUGUUCAAGGUGAUGGGGAUACCACACCUUGUAAUCCUUGAUGAAAAUGGGAAGGUUAUGGCACAGGAUGGUGUUAAGUUCAUUCGGGAUUAUGGAGUUGAUGCAUAUCCUUUUACCCAAGAAAGGAUUGAAGAAAUUAAGGAGGAAGAAGAAAAGGCUAAGAGGGAAGAGCCAUUGAAAUUUUUCUUAGCCUCCCGUUCUCGUGACUUUGUCAUCUCGGCAAAUGGGAAUAAGGUUUCUAUCUCUGAGCUCGAAGGGAAAACCAUAGGCCUGUAUUUUGUACAGUCUUCGCACAAGAAAUGCGUUAAGUUCACUCUAAAACUCAUUGAAGUUUAUGAGAAUUUGAAGGCAAAGGGGGAGAAAUUUGAAGUUGUGAUGAUACCCUUCGAUAAUAAAGAAGAAUCUUUCAUUCAAGGCUUUGAUAAGAUGCCCUGGUUGUCACUUCCCUUCAAGGACAAGAGCUGUGUCAAGCUGGCUCGGUCCUUUGAAAUUCAAACCAUACCUGCAUUGGUUAUUAUCGGACCAGAUGGGAGGACUCUUCAGCCUGAUGUUGUUGAGGCCAUUGAAGAACAUGGCACCGAGACAUACCCUUUUACACCAGAAAAGUUUUCAGAGCUUGAGGAGAAAGAUAAGGCAAAACGGGAAGCCCAAACGUUGGAGUCUAUUAUGGUUUCGGGAGAUCUUGAUUUUGUGAUUGGGAAAGAUGGACACAAGGUUCCUAUUUCUGAUCUUGUUGGGAAAAAUAUACUCCUUUACUUUUCAGCACACUGGUGUCCUCCAUGCCGGGCUUUUACGCCAAAGCUUGUCGAAAUAUAUCACCAGAUUAAGGCAAAAGACGAAGCGUUUGAACUUAUUUUCAUCUCUAGGGACAGGGAUCAAACCUCAUUUGAAGAGUACUUUUCCGAAAUGCCAUGGCUGGCUCUUCCCUUUGAAGAUGAUAGGAAGGAGUAUUUGGACCGCAUUUUCAAGGUUCGAGGCAUUCCAAUGCUAGUUGCAAUCGGGCCAACAGGCCGGACUGUCACAACAGAAGCCCGCACGGUUGUUAUGUCUCAUGGAUCCAAUGCUUAUCCCUUCACAGAGGCGCGAUUGAAGGAGAUUGAGGCAGAGAAUGAGGAGAUGGCAAAGGGGUGGCCUAAGAAGGUGAAGCAUGAGCUCCAUGAACACGAACUUGAGCUGAUUCAUCGCCCAGAGUACGUGUGUGAUGGGUGUGAGGAAGGAGGAACAGUAUGGUCUUUUUAUUGUAAAGCGUGUGACUUCGAUCUGCAUCCGAAGUGUGCUUUGGAAGAAAACAAGGGAACCAAAGGGGAUAGGGAAGAUGAUAUGGAGGAGGGGACGAAAACUAAAGAAGGGUACGUUUGUGAUGGAGAUGUCUGUCAUGUCUGUCGCAAAGCAGCUUAUGAAGUUAGUGUUUUCGAUGCCAUGGCUGUCUGUCUUAUGUUUGUUUUCAUGAGUGUGGUUUCUACUUGUAAUAAAAGUUGGAGAGAGAGAGAGAGAGAGAGCGAGAGAGAGAGAGAAGAGAGAGGAAAAAUGGAGGGUCAAGACGAUGGUGUUGCUGAGCAGAGCCAACAACACGACCUUCGGUCUAUUCUCUCUUGUUCGGACAGGGAUUUCCUCAUUCGCAACAACGACGAUCAGGUGAAAAUUGACAAUUUGAAGGGUAAGAAGGUCGGGUUGUAUUUUUCAGCGUCAUGGUGUGGCCCAUGUCGACAGUUCACCCCGAAUCUUGUGGAGGUUUACAAUGAACUGUCCCCCAAGGGCGAUUUUGAGAUUGUAUUUGUCUCGGCAGAUGAAGAUGACGAGGCAUUUAAGGGUUAUUUCUCCAAGAUGCCCUGGCUUGCCAUCCCAUUUUCUGAUUCAAACACACGUGAUCGGUUGGAUGAGUUGUUCAAGGUGAUGGGGAUACCUUACCUUGUGAUCCUUGAUGAAAAUGGGAAGGUUAUGACUGAGGAUGGUGUUGAGUUCAUUCGGGAGUAUGGAGUUGAUGCGUAUCCUUUUACCCUAGAAAGGAUCAAAGAAAUUAAGGAUGAAGAAGAAAAGGCUAAGCUGGAACAGCCCCUGAAAUUCAUAUUAGCCUCCCGUUCUCGUGACUUUGUGAUAUUGGCUGAUGGAAAUAAGGUAUCUAUCUCUGAGCUCGAAGGCAACAUCAUAGGCCUGUAUUUUGCACAGUCUUCGUACAAGAAUUGUGUUAAGUUCACUCCAAAACUCGUUGAAGUUUAUGAGAAGCUGAAGGCAAAGGGGGAGAAAUUUGAGGUUGUGAUGAUACCCUUCGAUGAUAAUGUAGAAUCCUUCAAGCAAGGCUUUGAAAAGAUGCCUUGGUUAUCUCUUCCCUUCAACGACAAGAGCUGUGUCAAGCUGGCCGGGUACUUUGAUAUUCCAACUAUUCCUGCACUGGUUAUUAUCGGACCAGAUGGGAAGACUCUUCAAUCUGAUGUUGUUGAGGCCAUUGAAGAACAUGGCACUGAGACGUACCCUUUUACACCAGAGAAGUUUUCGGAGCUUGAGGAGAAAGAUAAGGCAAAACGGGAUGCACAAACAUUGGAGUCUAUCUUGGUGUUGGGAGAUCUCGAUUUUGUGAUUGGGAAAGGUGGAUGCAAGGUUCCAAUUUCGGAUCUUGUUGGAAAAAAUAUUCUCCUUUACUUCUCAGCGCACUGGUGUCCUCCAUGCCGUGCUUUUCUACCAAAGCUUGUUGAAACGUAUCACCAGAUUAAGGCCAAAGACGAUGCAUUUGAACUGAUAUUCAUCUCUAGUGAUAGGGAUCAAACCUCAUUUGAAGAAUACUUUUCCGAAAUGCCAUGGCUUGCAUUUCCCUUUGGAGAUGAGCGGAAGGAGUAUUUGGACCGUAUUUUCAAGGUCCAAGGUAUUCCGAUGCUAGUUGCAAUCGGGCCAACUGGACGGACUGUUUCGACAGAAGCCCGUGAACUUGUUAUGUAUCAUGGAGCCAAUGCUUAUCCCUUCACAGAGGCGCGAUUGAAGGAGAUUGAAGCAGAGAAUGAGGAGAAGGCAAAGGGGUGGCCUAAGAAGGUGAAGCAUGAACUCCAUGAACAUGAACUUGAGCUGAUUCGACGCCAGGAGUACAUGUGUGAUGGGUGUGAGGAAGAAGGAAUAGUAUGGUCUUUUUAUUGUGAAGAGUGUGAAUUUGAUCUGCAUCCAAAGUGCGCUUUGGAAGAAAACAAGGCAACGAAAGGGGAAAAAGAAGAUGAUAUGGAGGAGACAAAAACCAAAGAAGGGUGGGUUUGUGAUGGAGAUGUCUGUCACAAAGCUUAAGAAGUUUUGUGUUUUCAAAACUAUGGCUGUAUGAUCUUCAGUUUGUUUUGAUGAGUGUGGUUCCUCCUUUCAAUAAUAAAAGUUGGGGUAAGUUUGGUUUAUGGUUUAAAGGCAUGUAUUUUUUUUACCUCUGGAAGUGGCUUUUUACUCUAUAUGCAAGUUUCUUUUUUAGGUAUUGAAUGUUAUUGUGUGCUAGCUUUAGUGCAAGAAAGCGACUGUUCUUGUUAAUGCAUUUGGUUGGGGUGCAUUCAGUAGAUGGGAAAUGACAUUUUUGUUUGGUUAA